AUGAUGACCAUACUUGUGUUGGCUGUUCUUAUCGCCGACAGAACCCUCUGCUUGACCAGAGAGCAGCUCCUACAGCACCUCAAAGAAAAACAGGAUACGAGGAAUACCUUUGACUCUCGAGUGCCUCGCUUCAUACAACCAAUUGGAUACGUGGACGGCGAGCCCAUCUGGCCGCGUGUUCUGGACACUGUGAAAUCGGAAGCUGAGUUGUUUUUCGAUGACGAUAAUUUCGCCUAUCGGAGUCAAAGGUACAAGAAACGAAUAGAGAAGAAUGCGGUUCCUAAAAAACCAUGGCUGACAUUCUUCAAGUGGCCGAAUACAAGUCCAAUACAGAAUUCAGGUGCCGAUGAAGUGUCAAUACCAAUUUCUUUUCGUGAGAACAUGGUCGAUCUCCGCAUGAGUCGUGCCGUUAGGGGAUUUCCGUGUCCAUCGGCGAUCUUCUAUCUUCUUGAAACAAAUGAACUAUUUAUGCUUUUAUGUUUGAACCAUCAACAGUUCUGGGUAAUUUCAUUGACGGAGUUCUGGCUGAAAGAGAUGCUCGUGCUCACCAUGUGGACAAUGCUUCUGGAGAAGUGCAUUCUGUCGUCGUUCAUGCGGCACGAAGCCGUUGACGGUCAGCUCGAUCUGCUCAUCCAUUAA